AAAAUACCUAUUUCUCGGUCGAAAUAAAGGCCCAUAUAGAAGACCCAUGAAGAAUAUUUAGUUUUAAAAGCUAAUCAAAUCGAUAAUUGUCUAAGAAAUUCUAUCAGCUCAAAGAUGGUUAUAAAAAUGACACUUUUCUGUAUUUUAUUAACAUUUGUCUUUGUAAGUGUAUCGGAAAAUGAUGACGUGACUUAUAAAAAGAUUGUUUUUCUUACAAAUGCAGCCAUCGAGCAAGCGUUUGCUAAGAAUGAUUUAACUGUAGGAAAUAAUUCUAGAGCAAAUGGAUUGGAGCAUAUAAUUGAAAAAAUAAUUGAUGAUUGGUAUACUUACUGGAGCUUCGCCGAAAUCAAUAUGAUGAUCGCUGCACCGGACAAAUUGGACCUUGCCGACCAUAGAUCAGCAUUAUCUCGCUUUUUCCCAAGGACUGUUUCCGCUAUUCAAUACCAGUUAAAUAUUCGAAAAGAAAUAAAAGAUACAUUAGACAUUGAUAUUUCUGAUGCUCUAUAUCGCGAAGAUUCUGAAGGCUUAAAUUUGACAACCCUUGCAGAACAUAGAAGACGUCGUGUUAAAACAGCUUUAAAAAAUAUUUUCAGACGUAAAUUAGGACCCAAGUAUAACCAGUUUAUGAUGCAACUAAAACUAGAAGUAAGAAAUACAUUAAUUCCAUAUAUUGCAAUUCCUGAAGCUAAUGAAAUAAGCGAAGAUUUGGGACGUUUAAACUUGACAACCCUUAUAGAAGAAAGAAGACUUACUGGAACAUCUAUAGCAAAUACAAUCAGACGAGGUGUAUUAGGAACCGAUACUUCUGAAGUUGUUGAAGAAGAAAGUGGAUCUGUACCUAAUGUUUUUUUAUGGCGUUUGUGUCGUUUGAUAGGAUUAUACAUAAGUGCACAAUUUCCUAGAUCAUACAUAAGACAGCUUUGGAGUGACCCCGAUGAUAAUACUUGUAUUCUGGAUGAUGGAACUACAUUAAGAAGAUUCAAAAAAAUUAAUGACUUAUGGUGGCAACUAAGUCCGAUUACUCGAGGAGCUGUUAAUAUAAUUUAGACCACGAAACAAUGGUAUAUCUUCUAAAAUGAUAUUAUACUAUUUUUAUUUUAUUGUAAUAAUAUGUUCACAUUGUACUAGUAUAUUAUUUCAUAUUGCACUAAUAGCUGUCAACUAAUUUAAUAUAUAUAUA